AUGAUUUGGGAUCCAAGGGUUGUUAAAAGGAUAGACACGGUGAAAAGGGAGUAUUUUGUCGCAAUAUCGGGUAGUAUAGAAGGGAUUGAGGAGAAUUUGAAUGUUUGCAAUGUUUAUGUCCCAAACGAUGUGCAGAAAAAGACAACUGUUUGGAAGGAACUGUCUUGGCUUAAACAGAGGUUACAAGGAUUAUGGUUAUUGGCUGGUGACUUCAACGAAGUCAGGGUUGAGGAAGAUAGAAUGAAUUCUAAAUUCGAUGCAUAUGGGGAAAUGGUAUUUAAUAAGUUUAUUGCGGAUGCGGGGUUACUGGAAUAUCAUAUGUCAGGAUCUAGAUUCACUUUUAUGACUGAAAGUGGGUCAAGUAUGAGCAAGAUUGAUCGAAUCUUAGUAUGUGAUACAUUCAUGAAUAAAUGGCCGUGUGCAAAGUUGGAAGCCUUACCGAGACACUUAUCAGAUCACAACCCUCUGUUGUUAUCGUGUACGGCAAAAGACUAUGGACCGGUUCCGUUUAGACUCUAUAACUCAUGGUUGUCGAAAGAAGGAAUGGAUGAUAUAAUUAAAAGCGCCAUAGAUAAUCAUGUUAAUGGGGAAGAUUGGAUGAAGAAUAUGGGAGCGCUAUUGAAAAAAAAAUUUAAAAUCAAGAUAAAAGAGUGGAGAAAAGCGGAGAAAGAAAAGGAAGAGAAAGAGGUAUUUAAAGCGAAAAAGAGGGUAGAAGAGAUAGAGCUCAAGGCUGAAAAACAGAAACUAAAAGAAGAAGAAAAGGAAGAAAGAGUUAAGGGGAGACUUAUUAUCAGGAAUCAUGAAAAACAAAAGAUAGCAGACUUAAAGCAGAAAGCAAAGAUUAAUUGGGCGAGAUUGGGGGAUGAGAAUUCAGGGUUUUUUUUCACAAGAUGA